AAUUUUCUUCCAUUUUCUCGGGAAAUUAAUGUCACCGAUCGAAUUGCGUUUCCCUUUCUUUGUUGUAGCAGACAAGGAUUGAACUGCACAUGGCGAGCGCUGUAGAUGCCUCGGGAAACCCUAUCCCUUCGUCGUCGGUGUUGAUGGCAUCGUCGAAGCACAUUGGGAUUCGGUGUCACUCUGAGAACUUGGAGUUUCUGAAGUGCAAGAAGAAAGAUCCCAACCCUGAAAAGUGUCUUCACAAGGGUCGAGAAGUUACUCGUUGUGUCCUUGGACUUUUGAAAGAUCUGCAUCAAAAGUGCACAAAGGAGAUGGAUGAUUAUGUUGGCUGCAUGUACUACCAUACAAAUGAAUUUGACUUGUGUCGCAAAGAGCAGCAAGCAUUCGAGCAAAAGUGUUCUUUGGAAUGAAACUAAGAACUGUGUUGUCUAAAAUAAUAACAGCCCAUUUGGAGUGAGCCAAUGCCCCUGUUUUCCAAAAAAUCAUUGAUCUUUUCUGUUUAUACAACAGUGUUGGAAUAUUACCAUGGACAAUGUUUUUGCUCUAAAUUUUUCUGCAGAAUUGCAUGCAUGCAGAACAAAACUAAACCUCUUUAAACAUAAUAACUGACAUGAAAUGUUUACUGUUGC